AUGAAGCGCCCCUUCAGCCCGUCGACUCUGCCGGAGGUGGAGGUGGAGGUGGUGGGGGUGGUGGGCGAGGCGAGCCCCGAGCCCCAGCAGGACGCGGGGGGCGCAGUGCCGGGGCAGCCGGCAGCAGGGGGCGCCCUGUCCUCGGAGCACAGGGCCAAGCGGGAGAGGAGGCAGCGCAGCUACACGCUGUGCGAGGUGUGCAACAUCCAGCUCAACUCGGCCGCCCAGGCCCAGAUCCACUACAACGGCAAGACCCACCAGAAGAGACUCAAGCAGAUGUGCAACGGCAAGAUCCCCCCCUCCGCCACAGGUACCUCGGCCCAGGGCAACCCCCUCCUGGCCUCCCUGCCCCUCCCCGGACGGGCCCUGCAGCCGCAGCUCGACCUCAAGCAUUUCCUGCCCUUCAGGCUCAAUGGCUCCUCCCCCCUCAGCCUCUUCCCCAACUUCAACACGAUGGAUCCGGUCCAGAAGGCAGUCAUCAACCACACGUUUGGAGUCCCUCAGCCCCUCAAGAAGAAACAGAUUAUCUCCUGUAACAUCUGCCACCUGCGCUUCAACUCCACGAACCAGGCGGAAGCACACUAUAAGGGACACAAACACGCUCGCAAGCUCAAGGCUAUGGAGGCUCAGAAGAACCGUCAGCGGAGGGCCGUGGAAGCCUCCUCCACGGGCAGGGAGAGGGAGCGGGAGAGGAGCAGGGCCAGAGCAGGAGACUGCCUGCCUCUGCCUGCUCUGAUGGACACCAGCCUGAUGGAAGGAACAAGCCUGCAGGCUGACCUGGAGCCGGCCAAGCAGGAAGUGCUGGAGGAGCCCCCCAGGAGCCUGGUGGGGAAGCUGGAGGACAGUCCUGGAGGCUCCGUCUUGUUGACGCCCGUCUCCGAGGUGUCAACCCUGGAGCUGGCCACCCUGUCCCCACCCCAGGUGUCCCCCUCCUCCCAGAUCUCUGAGACGGUCUCCGACACCAGCCUCCCCGAGGCCCCGGGCCCCGCCCUGGAGUCCGCCAGACAGCCAGACAGCUCGAGCACAGACGGAGAGCGCGGCACAGACGAAGAGAAGGAGAGCAAGAAGAACAAGCUCCAUCUUCACUGUCCCGUCUGCAAGGUCACUGUCAACUCCACCUCCCAGCUGGAGGCCCACAACAGCGGUACGAAGCACAAGCUGAUGCUGGAGGGGCAGAGCGUGCAGCCCAGGCGCAGGGGCAAGGUGGUGGCCGCCCGCUCGUCCUGUAAGACCAAGCGCCUGGGCAGCAAGGGCAGCGUGGGGGUGCCCAGCAAGAACUUCCAGUGUGAGGUCUGCGAGAUCUACGUCAACUCUGAAACCCAACUCAGCCAGCACAUGAACAGCAGGAGACAUAAGGACCGGCUGGCAGGCAAGCCCCCCAAACCCAAGUUCAGCCCCCACACUAAGACCCAGCCCAGCUCCAGCUUAGCGAACGUGAGAUGGAGUGGCUACGCAGGCGGGGCCGUGUCUGCCAUGAAGAAAGUGUUCAGCCAGUACAACCUCGCCUCCCUCUCCUCUCAGACCAAACUGGCCUUGCAGAAGCAACUGGCCAAGAGCCUGACCACUGGAUUUCUGCCAAGCCCCCUCAACCCACCCACUCUGUGCACAAUGGCAACCAAUCCGCUUGCCCUCCGCCACCCAGGCACUGCAACCUUCAUCCAGACACCUUUUUUGGGCCCAGCCCUCUUCCGGCCUGCCCCGGGGCCCCUGAGGGCCACUCACACCCCCAUCAUCUUCUCUCCUUACUAAUGACAUGGCCCCUGUCCCUCUGAACUCCACCCUGUCCCUCUACCAGCCCCCAGCCUCCAUUACUGUGACCCACUCGAUAAGGGCCACCGCAAACUAUGCAGCCUGCAAGAGCCAGGAUGGAGAGAGCAAGUAAGCACACUAACCUUGGGCCCCAGAGUGGUAUGGGACCGACUGGUGGCUCCUGGCAUGGAGAACACACCCCCAAGGCCAAAGUCCUGCCUCCCCUUGAUGCCCUCUGUGGUGGCCCAAGAAACAGGACACACCUCCAGGAAGUGACUGGUACAGGGAGUGUCUUUUACAGACAUUUCAUGGGUUGAAAUGGUUUGGAUGAUUCAUAUUAUUGUGUAAUUUAUUAGAGAACAAAAAUCUAGAAGUGUAGAUGUAUGUUUAGUGUGGUUGCCACAAAAUAAGGUCCCUUUACUUGAUGCCUGGCAAAGUAACUUUUCUUUGCUUCUAAGUUAUCUUUUAUAACAUGUUGACAUUAAUAAGGUCAUGGAAGCAAGUCGUAUCAAACCCCUUUUUCUUUGUACAGCCCUUUUUUACAAGCAAUGUCACAGAGGGCAAGUGAGACCAAGUCAUAUUUCUGUAUCAGUGAAGACGUCUGUCAUCUUGUCGAGGGGGAUUUACAAACUCUUCCUCAGAUCCUUAAAGCAAUCAGGGUCGUGGUGGUGGGAUUUCCAACACAUGAAUAUAGCAGACAAACAAAUGUCAUAGCAUAGGACUGUUGAUGGCGGUGAAGCUGGUGUCCUUGUGAAUUGUCUCCAUGAAAGAAGGGCAGAAACACUGGAACACGUCCAUCAACACCAGACAUGCAUCCGUGAUUAAAUGACUUCAAGAACACACUGUACAAGCUUUGCUGCCACAAAAGCCAACAGCUUUUCGACCACAAAGGUUAUAUUGCACCAACACCCUUCUCCCAACCUUGCUGCUUGGGCUCUUUUGUUACUCACAACCCUGAAUUAAUGUGCUGAUUAGAUUAUUAAGCCCUUUCUCUCCCUCUCUGUUUCGCUCUGACUCACAUCCAAACAUGGCAUUUCAUAACUCAUUUUACCCUGCAUCCCUUGGAUUAAGCACUCAUUAAGGUCCUGAAAAGGUCAGGUUGUCAACUUGAUUUUGUUUCAAGCUGCAGAUGUGGCUUGAUAAAGACCUUUGCUCUGUUGGAUGAUUUCUAUUGUACAGCCGCUGCGCUCUUACUGUCUCUUUUUCUCGCCUUGCCAGUCUAAAAAAGGAGAUGUCUCGCGGUAUAUUAAGAUCUGUAAUCUACCGCGACUGCCUUCAUCCACUCUGGUGAUUAAACUGAAUAUUUUCCCCCCUACUGUCCUCCCCUCAUCCUCACCAUUCAUUUUCUUUGCCACUGUUGCCUCAGCAGACACUGAUGAGAAGAAAAGGAUGGCAAUUUCUCCCCACCACAAAACAAAGGGGAGGAAAUGACAUGGCAGACCCCC